AUGGAAUCGCAAACUACCGAAGUUGCGAAACCGGACCCGACCCAAAACGGAUCCGAAGUCUUGGAACCGAACCCGACCCAGAACGGAUCCGACGUGGAGCUCUCGGAGUUCGAGAAAACCCAAAAGAAGUACCACGACCUCAUCUCUUCCCUCCCAAAGAGCAAAGGCUGGAGACCCAAAGAGAUUCUAACCCAAUACAACGGACACUGGUGGCAAGAAUGUCUCCUCGAAGGUCUCCUCCACGCCAACGACCACUUCCAAGCCCGACCCACCGACUUCCUCGUCUGCAGCUACCCGAAAACCGGCACCACCUGGCUCAAAGCCCUAACCUUUGCAAUCCUAAACCGGUCUCGGUUCAACGACGCCACAAACCCACUCCUCAAACGAAACCCACACGAGUUCGUCCCUUACGUCGAGAUCGACUUCGCUUUCUACCCAACCGUCGACGUCCUCCAAGACGGCAAAAACCCGCUCUUCUCAACCCACAUCCCAAACGGGUCGUUACCCGACUCCAUCGUGAAGUCGGGUUGCAAGAUGGUGUACAUCUGGAGAGACCCGAAAGACACUUUCAUCUCCAUGUGGACUUUCCUCCACAAGGAGAAGUCUCAAGAGGGACAACUCGCGACUCUCGAGGAAGCAUUCGACAUGUUCUGUAAAGGCUUGUCUGUGUACGGUCCUUAUCUGGAUCAUGUGUUGGGUUACUGGAAAGCUCACCAAGAGGAUCCGGAUCGGAUUCUGGUUUUGAGGUACGAGACGAUGAGAGCUGAUCCUUUGCCGUUUGUGAAGAGACUCGCUGAGUUUAUGGGUUAUGGGUUUACUGGUGAGGAAGAAGAGGAAGGAGUUGCUGAGAAAGUUGUGAAGCUUUGUAGCUUUGAGACGUUGAAGAAUCUUGAAGCUAACAAAGGGGAUAAAGAGAGAGAGGAUCGUCCUGCGGUUUAUGCGAAUAGCGCGUAUUUCAGGAAAGGAAAGGUCGGAGAUUGGGCUAAUUAUCUUACUCCGGAGAUGGCUGCUCGUAUCGACGGGUUAGUGGAGGAGAAAUUUAAAGAUACUGGAUUGCUUUCGACAUGA